ACAGACAUCCACUGAUCACCCACCCGCACCCACCAUCCACCACGCGCACCACAUUCCGACACAUGGUGACGUGCCCGCACUACAAAUUCCUUCGAGUACCACCACUGCACCGCUGCGAGAACAGAGAAGAAAUGCAGCGCUGUCUCUUUUCGCCGCCAUGAGUGCCGCCCCGCCACUUCCCCCUCCUGCACACGCUCCCUCGACCGCGAACCGCACUGCCAGUGCUCCCGGAAACAAAAGUAGCAAUGGUGGCAGUGGCGGCGGCGGCGGCGGAGGCGGGAGCAGCAGCCAGUCUUACUCUAUCACAAGCCUGCUGGAGAGUGCCGAACAGUCGCUCAAGGACGCCAAGUUCAACGUCGACUUCCGUCGCCCAGAUGUCGCUUUUGUGGACUAUCUUCGCGCCUACGAGAUUGCCGUCGAGGUCAUACCGCAUCACCGAGACUACGUUCACUUCGUACAUGACAGCCAUGGGCUACCCAGGCUGCAGCUUCUGCGGCGUCGCAGUGCUGCUAUGAGCGAUCAAUUUGCUAAGAUCAAGCAAAUCAUCAUCCACAACAACAGCCGCUCGGGUGUCCUCCCGCGAUCUCCUCUUGCUGCUGUCAAACAAAAGCCUUCAGUCUCGCCGAAGCCAGAGAAGUUGCAUUCGAGACCUAUCUCACUGGUAAGCAAUGGCAGUGCAGUUUCAGCAAGCACCGACAUUGCGGACAGGUUUGCAAAGCUUCGGACCCCUGGCGGGGCUGAGCCCAGCCCACGAGCACCACUCCGAGGGGCAUUAGUCCCACACCUGGCUUCCUACGGGGUAGGCGGCAACUUGGACUCGGACUCGGUGCCUCAACCUUUGCCAAAACCGCAGGGCCCUCGUGGUAUGCCGCUCGACACUGAGCUGGCCGCUGCGAUGCCCAAGGCACCUGCGGCGACUUAUAGUCCCGCACGAAACAUGCAGACCUCUGGCGAUAUAGCACUUCCACGACACAGUGCACGCAGUCUGCCUUCUCAGCGCAAAUCGAAUCCACUUGCAAGCCCUGCUGUGUCUGCGAUUGCUUCAAGCGUAGGCUCCCAUGGUGGUAGCGACUAUUUUGGUGAUGAUCACAAAAGUGGCCCGCCGACCACUUCACGGGCGAAUACCCAUCAGAAGUCGGUUCAUAUGCCAGACGAGACUCGUAUCACAGCCGAGAAGUUGCACGACUACCUCGAGCGCUACGACAUUAUGGUUAUUGAUUGCCGAGCUCGUUCUGACUUUGAUCAAGGCCACAUCUACUCUCGCAACGUGAUAUGCGUAGAGCCCGUGGGAUUACGUCAAGGUAUGAGCGCCGAACAACUUGCGGACAAGCUCGUCCUCUCGCCAGAUGAGGAGCAGGAAGUCUUCCAGAAUCGCGACCAAUAUGACCUUGUCGUUUACCAUGACGCGAAUACCUCAUCUGAAACGUUCUUGUCGAGCCCUGCCACGGAAGCUGAAUCGCGCCUCAAAUAUCUGCACGAAGCCCUUUACGACUUCAACCAGGAAAAACAGCUCAAAAGGCCGCCUAUCAUAUUGAUUGGUGGUAUCGAUGCAUGGGCAGACUUGAUGGGGAAUCAAGCUCUCAUGGCUACAACUACUCAAGUUCGGGCCAAGAAUGGCAGGCCGUUGCAGCGUAGACCGGCACUUAGAGACGGCCAGGUGAGACUUCCGAAACGUGGGCUGCGAGACUAUAACCCACUGGAUGCAGAGGAGGAACAAAGAUGGCGAGCCCGCGCGCAGAGCGAGAGCAUGCCAGAAGCCCCAGCAUUCGAUGAUCAUGGAUCAGAUGAAUUCGAAAGCAGCCCGACGGACCAGCUGCAGAGGUUUCCACACAUUAACGAAUUCAAUGCGCGAUUCCCCGAUGCUGGCGUGCUCGGCCAGCAGGUGCACACAUCAAUUUCAUCUCCCACGGCUCCCGUCUCCGCACCAAGUAUACCUCACUAUCCCGCGACACCAGCACAUUCCAUCUACCCUCCGGCGCCGCCGGCCCGACCUGCGCCAGCCGCGCCAAGGAUGAGCUAUACUGGAGUAAGCGAUCGAGCUGUGUCACAUAGUACCCCGAUACCGAGGACAUCAAGCCAGCUAUUACCGUAUGUGCCUCAGCGGUACCUAGCUCAGAACCUGCGACUUCCCAGGACGGGCAUUCAUAACUUUGGAAAUACCUGUUACAUGAACGCCACUUUGCAGGCGUUGUCGGCCACUACGCCGCUUACAAUACUGAUGCUGGACGAUCAAUAUAAAAAGAUGGUCCAAAAGGACAACUGGAAAGGCAGUCGAGGUCUUUUGCCCGAAAUCUAUGCCAACAUGGUCCGUUCAUUGUGGCAGGGUGGUGUGGACUACAUCAAGCCAUCAACCCUCCUUACAUUCUGUGGACGGCUAAACAGCACUUUCAAAGACCCCACGCAACAACAGGAUGCGCAAGAGUUCUUCAGUUUUAUCGUUGAUUGCUUGCAUGAGGACUUCAAUACGGUUUGGUCCAAAAUGCCUUUGCGAGUACUCACGGAACAAGAAGAGGCGAAGCGGGAGCGUAUGCCCCCCUUAGUGGUUGCCAAAACCGAGUGGGGCCGGUACAUACAUCGCGAGAAUUCGUUCCUUACGUCGUUGUUCUAUGGACAACACUCGUCGCGACUCCGUUGUUCCGCUUGCAGCUUCACCAGCACCACGUAUGAGGCAUGGGCUUUAUUGCAGUUAGAAAUACCUGAAGUUGAAACCAGGCUGAAGGACUGCCUGCGUGCUCACUUCAGAAGCGAGGAACUUGAUGGUGAGAAUCAAUGGACGUGCCCCAGGUGCAAGGUUCCGCGGCGAGCCACGAAGAAAUUGACCAUGACCCGUGCACCACCCUUCCUGGUCGUGGCGUUGAAACGCUUCAAGCAAAACGCAAGAGGAGAGCAGCGUAAAUUGAGUACGGCAGUCCGCUUCCCCCUUACAGGUCUUGACAUGGAAGAGUUCAUACUCCAACCGCCUUCACCCUCGGAGGUGCAGGAAAUAGCGCGGGAGCACGGGCACGACACGCUGAAGGUUGAUGACUCGCUGAGCCCUCCUUAUAUCUACGACGCCUACGCUGUCGUGCGACACAUGGGCAGCACCACCACAAGUGGUCACUACACGGCUGUUGUGCGGGACACGGCGCGCGGAUGCUGGAGGAUUUUCAACGACACGCAGUAUCGAGACAUUAAGCCCGAAACGCUGAGUCCUGGUGAAGCCCUGGACAACAACCAGGCAUACUUCAUAUUCUUCCAGCGUAGGGCCAGUAACGAAAUGAAUGGUACAUGAAGACGACUUUCCCAUUAAAGAAGAUUUGAGUUACAUCUGGAGCGUUCAAGCGAUCUUCACGCGGAGUUGCAUGUAGCUGUAGAGAUAGCUCCAUCCCACAACGAGCGCUGGUGCAUUCACCCGCUCCACCAGAAUCAACAUUCC